AUGUUGCAGCUGUCCUCCACCAACUCCUGUAACUACAACUCCGUCAACAACAACCACUACAUCCAGAGGCGGUUCAGUGCAGAGCUAAGCAAUAUCCAAACCUUCAACUCUCAGAGCUGGGGCAAGAUGUGGAGUAUAGUUGAUGCUGGUGUGCAGAUCUGCAGACAUCCAGAGGCGGUUCAGUGCAGAGCUAAGCAAUAUCCAAACCUUCAACUCUCAGAGCUGGGGCAAGAUGUGGAGUGUAACCCAUCUGUUGGCUUGAUUUGUUUGAACAAAAACCAGGGUCUGCAGAAACAGUGCUUUGACUAUGAGAUAAGGGUGAGAUGUUGCAGCUGUCCUCCACCAACUCCUGUAACUACAACUCCGUCAACAACAACCACUGUAACCACAACACCUCCAACAACAACCACUGUAACCACCACUCCUCCAACAACAACUACAGUAACUACUACCACUCCAUCCACGGAGACACCGACCUCAACCACCCCAAGCACCACAGUUACCACAACACCCUCUACAACUGCCAGUCCACCUACUACAGCACCUUGUCAUGGAAAAGAAAUCUGUCAAUGGUCAGACUGGAUUGAUGUGAGCCAACCUACAUCUGGUCCUAAUGGCGGUGAUAAUGAAUCCAUCCAAAAGAUAAUUGAUGCUGGUGUGCAGAUCUGCAGACAUCCAGAGGCGGUUCAGUGCAGAGCUAAGCAAUAUCCAAACCUUCAACUCUCAGAACUGGGGCAAGAUGUGGAGUGUAACCCAUCUGUUGGCUUGAUUUGUUUGAACAAAAACCAGGGUCUGCAGAAACAGUGCUUUGACUAUGAGAUAAGGGUGAGAUGUUGCAGCUGUCCUCCACCAACUCCUGUAACUACAACUCCGUCAACAACAACCACUGUAACCACAACACCUCCAACAACAACCACUGUAACCACAACGCCUCCAACAACAACCACUGUAACCACAACGCCUCCAACAACAACUGUAACCACAACACCUCCAACAACAACCACUGUAACCACCACUCUUCCAACAACAACUACAGUAACUACUACCACUCCAUCCACGGAGACACCGACCUCAACCACCCCAAGCACCACAGUUACCACAACACCCUCUACAACUGCCAGUCCACCUACUACAGCACCUUGUCAUGGAAAAGAAAUCUGUCAAUGGUCAGACUGGAUUGAUGUGAGCCAACCUACAUCUGGUCCUAAUGGCGGUGAUAAUGAAUCCAUCCAAAAGAUAAUUGAUGCUGGUGUGCAGAUCUGCAGACAUCCAGAGGCGGUUCAGUGCAGAGCUAAGCAAUAUCCAAACCUUCAACUCUCAGAGCUGGGGCAAGAUGUGGAGUGUAACCCAUCUGUUGGCUUGAUUUGUUUGAACAAAAACCAGGGUCUGCAGAAACAGUGCUUUGACUAUGAGAUAAGGGUGAGAUGUUGCAGCUGUCCUCCACCAACUCCUGUAACUACAACUCCAUCAACAACAACCACUGUAACCACAACACCUCCAACAACAACCACUGUAACCACCACUCCUCCAACAACAACUACAGUAACUACUACCACUCCAUCCACGGAGACACCGACCUCAACCACCCCAAGCACCACAGUUACCACAACACCCUCUACAACUGCCAGUCCACCUACUACAGCACCUUGUCAUGGAAAAGAAAUCUGUCAAUGGUCAGACUGGAUUGAUGUGAGCCAACCUACAUCUGGUCCUAAUGGCGGUGAUAAUGAAUCCAUCCAAAAGAUAAUUGAUGCUGGUGUGCAGAUCUGCAGACAUCCAGAGGCGGUUCAGUGCAGAGCUAAGCAAUAUCCAAACCUUCAACUCUCAGAGCUGGGGCAAGAUGUGGAGUGUAACCCAUCUGUUGGCUUGAUUUGUUUGAACAAAAACCAGGGUCUGCAGAAACAGUGCUUUGACUAUGAGAUAAGGGUGAGAUGUUGCAGCUGUCCUCCACCAACUCCUGUAACUACAACUCCGUCAACAACAACCACUGUAACCACAACACCUCCAACAACAACCACUGUAACCACCACUCCUCCAACAACAACUACAGUAACUACUACCACUCCAUCCACGGAGACACCCACCUCAACCACCCCAAGCACCACAGUUACCACAACACCCUCUACAACUGCCAGUCCACCUACUACAGCACCUUGUCAUGGAAAAGAAAUCUGUCAAUGGUCAGACUGGAUUGAUGUGAGCCAACCUACAUCUGGUCCUAAUGGCGGUGAUAAUGAAUCCAUCCAAAAGAUAAUUGAUGCUGGUGUGCAGAUCUGCAGACAUCCAGAGGCGGUUCAGUGCAGAGCUAAGGAAUAUCCAAACCUUCAACUCUCAGAGCUGGGGCAAGAUGUGGAGUGUAACCCAUCUGUUGGCUUGAUUUGUUUGAACAAAAACCAGGGUCUGCAGAAACAGUGCUUUGACUAUGAGAUAAGGGUGAGAUGUUGCAGCUGUCCUCCACCAACUCCUGUAACUACAACUCCGUCAACAACAACCACUGUAACCACAACACCUCCAACAACAACCACUGUAACCACAACGCCUCCAACAACAACCACUGUAACCACAACGCCUCCAACAACAACUGUAACCACAACACCUCCAACAACAACCACUGUAACCACCACUCCUCCAACAACAACUACAGUAACUACUACCACUCCAACUCCGUCAACAACAACCACUGUAACCACAACACCUCCAACAACAACCACUGUAACCACAACGCCUCCAACAACAACCACUGUAACCACAACGCCUCCAACAACAACUGUAACCACAACACCUCCAACAACAACCACUGUAACCACAACACCUCCAACAACAACUACAGUAACUACUACCACUCCCACAACACCUCCAACAACAACCACUGUAACCACAACGCCUCCAACAACAACCACUGUAACCACAACGCCUCCAACAACAACUGUAACCACAACACCUCCAACAACAACCACUGUAACCACCACUCCUCCAACAACAACUACAGUAACUACUACCACUCCUACAACUCCGUCAACAACAACCACUGUAACCACAACACCUCCAACAACAACCACUGUAACCACAACGCCUCCAACAACAACCACUGUAACCACAACGCCUCCAACAACAACUGUAACCACAACACCUCCAACAACAACCACUGUAACCACAACACCUCCAACAACAACUACAGUAACUACUACCACUCCAUCCACGGAGACACCGACCUCAACCACCCCAAGCACCACAGUUACCACAACACCCUCUACAACUGCCAGUCCACCUACUACAGCACCUUGUCAUGGAAAAGAAAUCUGUCAAUGGUCAGACUGGAUUGAUGUGAGCCAACCUACAUCUGGUCCUAAUGGCGGUGAUAAUGAAUCCAUCCAAAAGAUAAUUGAUGCUGGUGUGCAGAUCUGCAGACAUCCAGAGGCGGUUCAGUGCAGAGCUAAGGAAUAUCCAAACCUUCAACUCUCAGAGCUGGGGCAAGAUGUGGAGUGUAACCCAUCUGUUGGCUUGAUUUGUUUGAACAAAAACCAGGGUCUGCAGAAACAGUGCUUUGACUAUGAGAUAAGGGUGAGAUGUUGCAGCUGUCCUCCACCAACUCCUGUAACUACAACUCCGUCAACAACAACCACUGUAACCACAACACCUCCAACAACAACCACUGUAACCACAACGCCUCCAACAACAACCACUGUAACCACAACGCCUCCAACAACAACUGUAACCACAACACCUCCAACAACAACCACUGUAACCACAACACCUCCAACAACAACUACAGUAACUACUACCACUCCAUCCACGGAGACACCGACCUCAACCACCCCAAGCACCACAGUUACCACAACACCCUCUACAACUGCCAGUCCACCUACUACAGCACCUUGUCAUGGAAAAGAAAUCUGUCAAUGGUCAGACUGGAUUGAUGUGAGCCAACCUACAUCUGGUCCUAAUGGCGGUGAUAAUGAAUCCAUCCAAAAGAUAGUUGAUGCUGGUGUGCAGAUCUGCAGACAUCCAGAGGCGGUUCAUAACUACUACCACUCCAUCCACGGAGACACCGACCUCAACCACCCCAAGCACCACAGUUACCACAACACCCUCUACAACUGCCAGUCCACCUACUACAGCACCUUGUCAUGGAAAAGAAAUCUGUCAAUGGUCAGACUGGAUUGA